AUGGCUGAAUGUGCGGUGGCUACAGCGAAAGCCAAUGUCAUGUUGUAUGACUCAAAAGCGAGCACCUGGAUCCCGAGUGGUCCGGGACAUGGGAUUUCCAAAGUUCAGCUGUACCACAAUACAUCAACUAAUGCAUAUCGAGUCGUUGGGUGGAGACUACAAGAUCGCGAGGUUGUAAUUAAUUGUGCUAUUGCACGUGGAUUGAAGUAUCACCAGGCACGUCCAACAUUUCAUCAAUGGCGUGACAGUAGACAACAAGUUUAUGGAUUAAAUUUUACUUCAGUUGAAGAAGCUGAUGCAUUUGCUGCUGCCGUUAAGUCUGCUCUGGAGAGUUUAGCUGCAUUACAUCGUCAACAGGCCUUACAAGCUCACCAACAACACCAAUCUAAGCUUCCUGUUACUCCUUCUGAUCAGCUGCCCUCUAAUACUGAUAUUACUACCAAUACUACUCAGCAAGACACACAGCAACAUCAGUCUCAACAGCCGAAACAACAGAUACACAGUCAACAGUCCAUUUCAAGCCAGUUGGUAACCAAAAGCAUCAAUGGUAAUCAUAAUACUGACAACCAGGCGUAUUCUAUUCAACCAACUGCAUUAACAAUACAAAGUCGAUCGAUAUUAUCGUGUGAUACUAUUGAAUCGAAUGAACAUUACGGGGAACAGACUAAGUUGUUGGCAACACUAAAAGUUGUUAAUAAUCGUAUGGAAAAUCCUUUAAAUGAAAAUCAGAAUGUCUACCCGACUGUAUCAACUAUUUGUAGAAAUAAUCCUUCGGUUCAUCAAAAUGCGGAAAAUUUACGCUUCAAACCAACAGACCAGACUUCAUCUACACUAAGUGGUUGUUUUGUGAAUGGUAUUACAGAACAUGGCAUUAAUUCUGAUUCACCGUAUUAUUCAUCUUCAGAUGACAGUGUAAGAGGUCUUCGUGGUGUACCUAAUGGAUCUAGUGGACCUCAUACGAGUUCAACCACAUCAAUGUUGUCAACUGUACCUCCAAAAUUUUCAGCUGUUACCAGUAAUACUCAAGUAUUGAAUGGGAAUCCGGAUGAUACUGCUGCCAGUAACAGAUCUCUUUUUUCGAAUCAGUGUACUUCAACUAACGACACUAAGUCAAAUGAUUUGCCUCAACAAUCAACUGCUGCUCCUCCACCACCACCUCCGCCUCCUCCGCCACCACCGCCUCCUCCACCACCCCCACCAAUGACUACUAUUCCUGGAUCGAAAGCCUGGCGCCAAACAACAAACACAGUUGGGAAAUCUACAAAUUUGCAGGCUACUAUCGAUGCUUCAGAUAGUGGUGAUUACGAUGGUGUUGCUGAACCUGGCAGUUUAGAUGCUCAAUUGCGUAUGGCCAGACAACAACGUCUUCGAGCUGCCUCAAUAGCUGGCCUAGGAACUGACUCAGCUGCUCCCGGUGCCGUACGUACUCCUGGUGUGGAUAUGAUGACUGAUCUUCAGCGCGUUUUAGCAGCCCGUCGGAGAGCUAGGGAGGCUGAAGAAAUCAAAUUAUGUUUCUCUAAUUUUCCUAGGAAUUUAUUGCGUAAUUCUCACUUUUGAUUGUGAUGAAAAGUCAUUUUCACGUUUUCAAACUGGUAGAACAGUGACCGAAAAUCUAGGGUUGAUCAACAGCUUCCCCUCUUUUACCAUGUGAAAUCUUCGGGAGUACGCAGUAAAACUCAAGCGUCCGUAACAAGUACCUUCUGUGGGAACUCAAAUAGUUUUCAAAAUCUAAAAUUGUUGAAUUCAACUAGCUUCUUUUCUCUUCGUGACCUGUCUGAUUGGAAUUACCAUUUAGGCGUUUUAGAGUUUUUGACAACCUUAGUAGUAGUAUAUUUCACAUAUGGAAGUCACUUGUAUUUGUUACCCGUUGGUGUAUAAACUCAACUUUCAAUCGGAAGUUAUGAAUCCUAACUUUAUUCAACAUAUCGGGGUUUAGGCAACCAAACAAUGUCUCAUAGCUUAGAAUAGAAACGUAUAUGUGAUUGCUGAGUCCUUAUUGAAGUGAUAACUGAAAAACCUUCUUGUAAAUAGAAGGCUUAACUGACAUGCUUACCUAACUUAUGUUGCGGGGAUUUCAUCUUUCCUAGUGUACACAGCUGUGUGAAUUAGCCGUUGAAGAGAUAUUGUGUAAAAAAGCUUGCAAAUAUCUAAUAAUUGAUUUUAUUUUAUCGGAAAAAAUCAUCUAAUCUUUAGUGUUGGGAUGGAGCGUAAAGUUUCCAGGAAGUAAAAUGCAUCUAUUGUUGAGGUUGUGAUUUCGAAUUCAAUGAAGGGACUAUGGUAUCUAUUAUGUCUUAUUAUUAUGUUACUUCCUAUUGAAAUAGGUUCAAAAAAAAGCCUUCAAGUAGCUGAACUGUUAUGUGCAACUUAUGCAUGAAGUUAAUUUCUUUUAGUAUGCAUUAUUUAAUAGAGAUUACCAUAAGUGAUGAUGGUACUGGGUGUACUGUGGGUCGCCAGGUGGAAGGCGUUAGGUAAAUACAGUUCGAGUCGUACUAUACGAAAGUAGACUUGUUCACUUCUUAAAAAAAUCUCUUUCUAUCUAGUCUUUGGACAUAUUAUGUUCACUGAUUUAUUACCAUUGGUUUGUUUUCAUAAUAUUCCCCUUUUUUAUUUUCUGCUUAUGAUUUCACUAAGUGUGACAAUUUGAAGCGAUGUGUAUGAUGUUUAAGUUCUGUUCUGUUGAGCUAAGCCUCAUUGUUUUACUCCCAAUGGUCUUGUUCCAUUUUUAUCUCAUCUCUUCAACGUUCUACCUAACUUCCAAUUUCCUUCUCUUCGUAAGCAGUAUCGGAUAUGACCUACUUAGAGUGUCUAUCUUGUCUGGAUUUUCAUUAGUUUAUGUAUUGAUUAUUGUAGGCAUCAUUAUUGGGCUAGCUGAGUGAUUAUUCUCUAGUAUGUUCGUCGACCUGUUUUCUAACCUACGAGCCAAUUGUAUUUAUUCUCUUUGGGCUAUUCAAAUCGACAUUCGAUCUGCCUCUAUUAUAUAUAUUAUAUACUAAGGAUAUUUCUACAGUAAACGUGGUAUAAAUGCAUACGCAUACAAACAAGGGGAAGAAUAAUUAUGCCCAAAUUUAGGAGAGGAAUAUCUUUAUCAAUAGUAAGCAGUAAUUGAGCUAGAAUAAUGCACAUGUAGUUCAUACGGUUGUGAACUCAUUGCAUGCACUGUUACUUCUUUUUAGAAAUUUUGACAGCAGUGGUCUGUUUCUUUGUUAGUUAUACCCUCAGUACAUUGCAUUUUAUUGGUUGUUCG